AAGAACUGGAGAUUGGAACAAGGAUUUGCCUGCGCUAAAAAUAACCUGACGAACAGGUGUUUCCCUUCUGUUCUUGUGAGAAUUGGCUGGAAUGCCAAUGUUUAUGGCAUUUGGAAGGAGCGUAGUAGCAGAAUUCAUGGGAAUGGUAGCAUUUCUCUA